UAGAAAAUCUUGGUUCAGCAAAUAUCUUUGAUCUUAAUCCUUUGUGUAAAAAUGGCCUUUUAAUCGUCUAUUCUAAUAGAAUUUUAUGUUUGGAAAAAGUUAUUGCAAUAUAUGAAAAAUGUGGAGAAUGA